AUGGCAUCUCUACCGGGCUUCUCGGUGCGCCUCUGCAUGGUGUUUCUGAUGACUUUCGUGCUGACGCUGUGUUCUGCUCAACCGGCAUCUCAAUCCAUCGUGGAGCGCUCCAUUCCUCUGCCCCCCGAUCAAGAUCCCUUCCACCAGCCGCCAGCUGGGUUUGAGUCUGAGCUUCCUGGCUCGAUUCUUCGUGAGCGAGAGGUUCAGGUUGCCUUUCUCGGACUCAUUCCACAGCCAGUCAAGGCUUAUCAAUUGCUCUAUCGGACCACCGCCAUCAACGGCUCGGCCAUUGCCUCCGUGACGACCGUCUUUGUGCCCCUGAUCUCGAAGAAGGACCGGUUUAUUUCACUGCAUACGGCAUAUGAUAGCUCAGCUACCGUGUGCAGCCCAAGCUACAAUUACCGACUGGCGGCGGCGCAGACCGACCUCAUCUCUUCCGCGGAGCAGUUGAUCAUUCAGGCAUACCUUCUCUUGGGUAACAUUGUUAACUCGCCGGACUACGAAGGUCCCGAUGCGGCCUUUUCGCCAGGUCAUCUGGAAGGAAUGGGGGUGUUGGAUAGUAUGCGUGCCGUUUCCCAAUACCAAAAACUUGGACUGUCCUCGACCAACCCCAUGAUUGUCGGGACUGGAUAUUCAGGGGGUGCCAUCGCAACGGGUUGGGCAGCUUCCCUGCAGCCCACAUAUGCCCCCGAACUGAACAUCAAGGGCUGGGCGCAGGGUGGUACACCGGCCAAUCUCACCGGCACCUUGGUCCUUAUUGACGAUACCCUCUUCAGCGGUUUCCUGCCCGCUGCCGUUGCCGGUCUCUCCAUGCCCAGCGCCUAUGGUGCCGAAUUGAAUCCCGUCAUUGAUGCCAUCAUAACUUCCAAAGGGGCACAGGCACUGGCUUCUGCACGCCAAAAUUGUGCACCGGUGGACCUGGUGCAAUUUCCCGAGAUGUCCAUCCUGUCAACAGACUUCCAGAGCCUGGGUCAACAGCUGCUGUACGAGCCGACGAUUCAAAGGGUCCUUGGUCAAAACAUCCUAGGCAUUAACAAGACGGAAACGCCUACUGCCCCCGUUUUUGUCUACCAUGCGACACAGGACGAGAUUAUCCCAUACUCGAAUGCCUCUGCCAUGGUCAAGGCCUGGUGCGAUAGUGGGGUCAGUGUCAAGUUCACCUCGUACGCUUCUGGUGGUCACUUGACGACCGAGAUCGUUGCUCUCCCUGAGACAAUCGCGUUCAUCGAAAAUGCCUUUCUUGGCCUUGCCCCCCAUGGCUGUUCCAGUGCCACGAAGCUGAGCAGCAUUUUGGAUCCGAUUGCGCUGGGUAUUGAGCUGGAACCGGUAUUGACGAAGCUGAUUGAGGUACUUGUUCACCUUGGUUCGGGUGACUCCAACCUGCAACAGGAUCCAGGUAUCCUGAUGAAGCCCGUCACUUGGCGAUCAACUUGA